AUGAAUGCAGUGAGGAAAUGCCCGUCAAGAAGUGGUUCGUCGAAAAGUAUCCUCUUUAGAAGUGUUCUAUCAGGAGGCACUCCAGAAAGGAAGAACAACCACCAUCUCAUUCACCAUGUGAGGAAAUCCCCCUUCUAUACCUCUGUGGUUGUCCACAAUUUUGAUCUGAGAGCAAAUCAGCACCUUCUCCUGAGCAAUGCCACCAUAGUGAACGAUGAAAAGGCGCUACUUAACGGGUGCCUGAAUUUCAUGAAGAACUUCGAAAGUUUUGCUGCCAUUUGUUGUGCUUGCAACGACCCCAAGAAUAAGGUGCAGUUGAAGAAAUCCAUCUGGUUCUCCAGCAUCGGCAUCGAGAUGCAAGACUUCAUUCAAUAUUGUUACGAAGGUGGUAAAGAGUUCCAAAAUGAUGAAAUCAAAAAAAUACUGGAGGAAAUUGUCAAGUCGGAGUGCCCUGUAAUACUGAGGGAUAAAAAUAGCGUCCUCAUAGAGCCGGAUGUAGCCCCCAAGAAGAUUGUCAACUCGGCCAAGAGGAUGAGAUACUUUUUCAACAUCUCGGAAGUUCAUACGUGUCGAAGCUGUCAUCAGAAGAGCAGGUGCAAGCGUUUUCUGGAGAAAUAUACAGGCGAACCUGACUUUUCCGACUUCACCAGAUUGAUGAUCGGAUUUUACCAUGUAAGCAAGGCCUACACAAGACGAAAUGAAAUGGACAGAUUGGAGCUCCGACACGUGAUAGAAAAGGUCAACUACUUCCAUUUCGCACUCCUCUACAUGUACAACUACCUCCUGAAACACAAGCACUUUAAUUAUAACACGGUGGAGGAAGGAAACAGAAGUGCCAUACUUACCUACCUGAGGGAAAGGAGACGAAACUUCCUGCUCUUAAAAAAUCAAAGGGAGCAGGAGAAAAUCAUGAACAUUCCCAAGGAGUACUCGGAUGUGAUGAUCCCAACAGAAAAGGCCAAGAUGAAGAGGAGACAGAGGAAUGUUUUCGAGAGGCUCCAGAGGUUUCGGAGACGAUCCCAACUGCCAGAGGAUGAGGAGAAGUUUAUUUGGAUGGAGGAGCAGGAAGAGGAGGAGGACACUCAAGAAAGGGCCUCCCCGGCUGAUUCCUACGACGGAUCACUCCAAAAACACUCAACAAUAAAUAACGAUCUGAAGAACGAUCUGCACAACAUCACAGAGGAUGAAAACAGUCUCGUCGAAAUAAAAGAAAACAAUGAACCCCUGGCUUCCUUUCGUUUCCACUACAUGGCAAAAAUGAACAAACAUGGAGCAGCUCAGGAGAUUUCCAAUUAUAACAAGAUGUACAAUAAGUAUUCCAGGUUACUGCAAAAGAACGUGUGCAUCAAUUUGGACGACCAUGACGUGAACGAGGAUAUAAUCAAGGCCGAAAGCCUUCUCUUCAAAAUCCCUGAGGCCAUCGGAGGAUACACCUUCAUAAACUACAUCGAGAGACAGCCCAACAAUUUUAUUCUGCCCAUCAAUGAAAACUUGUACAAGGGCAUUCAAGUGUACAAACGGGAAGAACUCAAUUUGGGAGACUUCUGGUCCAACAUUACCAACGAGGAGCUGAAAAUCAAGAGAGUUGGCUUCUACAAUCCAUUCAAUAUAAAACAGAGUUUGGAAAUAGCAAUGCAGAAGAAGGGAGCCCACCCUCGCAGAGAAACUGCGCAGGAAAAAGAUGAGGAAAUUACCGACCUAUCAGAUGACCUAUCAAGUUUUCAGGAAUACCUGGACGUGAGGAAAAAAUCAGAAGCGAAGAGGAGGAGGGGGGAGAGAAGGCGUGCGAAUUUGGAGAACUCUCCAUCUUACGCCACAGCUUCCCCUGUAGAUGAACGAAAGAGUAAGAAUUCUGAAGAAAACAACGAUGAGGAUGCCCGGUUUGCCUACUUUAAGAAACUGAGGAACGAACGAUUCAAUGUGGAUCAGUACGAAGAGGUGAAGGAGGAAUUCGACACCAUUUACAACGAGGCGUACACUGCCAAAGGAGAACGUGACCAGGCCUACCACCACACGCACCACAUAAGGAGGAGGCUAACCGACGAAGAGAAAGGCCAGAGAGGGGUAACGCCCGAGGAUAUCCAAGAGGAAAGGAGGCGUCUUAUGCAGGAAGGUCGGCGGGAGCUCAAGGAGAUGUCAUUUUACUUAUUCAAGAAUGUCAAAUUCCCAGAAUUGCCCGCGGAGUUAUCCUCAGGGGAAGGGCUUAGCUCAGGAGAGAAGAAAAGGAAGAAUCUAAACGAUGAGCUUAAGAAGUAUAUUCGUCCCCGCGCGCAGGUAGACGCGAAUACACAGAAACGGAACUCGAAUGUGCCUGAGCUCACAGAGGAAACGAUCCAGGCUCAUUGUUCGUCUUCCCAGGGAUCUCGAAGUUUGGAAAUUAUGUUGAAGAAAAAAAGGAAGAAUUUCAAAGGGGAUAGGAAUGUACAAGAACGUUAA